AUGCGGCGUCUGACUCGCCGCCUGGUGCUGCCGAUCUUCGGGGUUCUCUGGAUCACCGUGCUGCUGUUCUUCUGGGUAACCAAGAAGAAGUUGGAGGUGCCGGCGGGACCUGAAGUGCAGACCCCCAAGAUUCCGGAGGCUGACUGGGAUGACCUAUGGGACCAGUUUGAUGAGCGGCGGUAUCUGAAUGCCAAGAAGUGGCGCGUCGGUGAUGACCCCUAUAAGCUGUAUGCUUUCAACCAGCGGGAGAGCGAGCGGAUUGCCAGCAGCCGGGUCUUCUUGUCCCGCUGCCUUGCCUUCCCCAGAUGCACCCUGCUGGGGUACUGCACGGACCUCCCUCCCACCAGCAUCAUCAUCACCUUCCACAACGAGGCCCGCUCCACCCUGCUCAGAACCAUCCGCAGCAUAUUAAACCGCACCCCUAUGAAUCUCCUCAAGGAAAUCAUAUUAGUCGAUGACUUCAGCAGUGACCCCGAGGACUGCAGACAGCUCAUCAAGCUACCCAAGGUGAAAUGCUUACGCAAUAACGAGCGGCAAGGUCUGGUGCGGUCCCGGAUCCGGGGUGCCGAUGUUGCCCAGGGCACCACCCUGACUUUUCUCGACAGCCACUGUGAGGUGAACAGGGACUGGCUCCAGCCCCUGCUGCACAGGGUCAAAGAGGACUACACGCGGGUGGUGUGCCCCGUGAUCGAUAUCAUCCACCUGGACACCUUCAACUACAUCGAGUCGGCCACGGAACUUAGAGGGGGGUUUGACUGGAGCCUCCAUUUCCAGUGGGAGCAGCUCACACCAGAGCAGAAGGCUCGGCGCCUGGACCCCACUGAGCCCAUUAGGACUCCAAUCAUAGCUGGAGGGCUCUUCGUGAUGGACAAAUCCUGGUUCGACUACCUGGGGAAAUAUGACAUGGACAUGGACAUCUGGGGCGGGGAGAACUUCGAAAUCUCCUUCAGGGUGUGGAUGUGCGGGGGCAGCCUAGAGAUCGUCCCCUGCAGCCGAGUGGGCCACGUCUUCCGGAAGAAGCACCCGUAUGUUUUCCCAGAUGGAAAUGCCAACACGUACAUAAAGAACACCAAGCGGACAGCUGAGGUGUGGAUGGAUGAAUACAAGCAGUACUAUUAUGCUUCCCGGCCGUUCGCCCUGGAGAGACCCUUUGGAAAUAUUGAGAGCAGAUUGAACCUGAGGAAGAACCUGCAGUGCCGGAGCUUCAAGUGGUACCUGGAGAACGUCUAUCCGGAACUCAGAGUACCCAAGGACUCCUCCAUCCAGAAGGGCAGCAUCCGACAGAGGCAGAAGUGCCUAGAGUCUCAAAAGCAGAAAGACCAAGAGAUCUCCAACCUCAAGUUAAGCCCCUGUGUCAAGACUGAAGACAAGGAUGCAAAGUCCCAGAUCUGGGCCUUCACAUACACCCAGCAGAUCUUCCAGGAGGAGCUGUGCCUGUCAGUCAUCACCUUGUUCCCUGGCGCCCCGGUGGUUCUUGUCCUUUGCAAGAAUGGAGAUGACAGACAGCAAUGGACCAAGACUGGUUCCCGCAUCGAGCAUGUGGCAUCCCACCUCUGCCUAGACACAGACAUGUUUGGCGAUGGCACUGAGAACGGCAGGGAGAUCGUUGUCAAUCCGUGUGAGUCCUCACUUAUGAGCCAGCACUGGGACCUGGUGAGCUCUUGAAGAUCCGUGUCGGAACCGGCAGGGGCCGUGGGGUGGUGCUUCCCCGGAUGAGAAUCGGACUGGAAACCAGGCUGCAGGCAGCCCCGAACUACUGCAGAAGCCCUGAAUGGGGAGGCGAAGGCAGAACACCACCCCCCGCCCCCGGACAGGAACGGCUGUCAGGGAGGAUGUAGGAAGAGACUGCAAGCCAAGAGCAACUCAGAGACAGACAGAUCCCCGUGUUCUCAAGGCCGUUAAGUUCCAGUCCUGGCUGGGUCUGCCCCUGCACGGUACCUGGAGGCAGAGAUCCGAUGGGAAGUGUUGAUGUGGUUCCCUGUCUUAACAAAAGAGGCCAGAGAGAGCAGCCUUCGUCGUCACUAGGCCAGGACUCGACUGAGAGACGAAGGGCGGAGGUGCUUUUCAAAACAAAUAAAGGAAC